AUGAGCAUAGUAGAGUACAUGGAUCAUUAUGGGGAGACCAUCUAUGAUGGCUACGCGGUGCGGGACUGGCUAAUCCACAAUGCGGAUGUCGCGAUGUUCGUCGCGGGUCUGUACCUUACUCUGACCUUCAAAGGCGCGGCGCUGCUCAGCUGGAGCGGCAAAAUAGAUGCGAAGAGCAAGCCUCUCUGGCUACGGGGUAUUUGGACGGUGUGGAAUCUUCUUUUGUCGGGAUUCUCCCUUUACGGCACGACGCGGGUGACGCCGGUGCUCCUGCACCGCAUUCGCGAUGGUGGCCUCCACCACACCCUAUGCACCCUCGACGCGGACACCUUCUACCGCGGUCGGACGGGCAUGGCGAUCGGCCUCUUCGCCCUCUCCAAAGGCCCGGAGUUUAUCGACAGCAUUCUCCUCCUCCUUUCGGGGAAGCCCGGGCUGUCCUUCCAGCAGUGGUUUCACCACGUCACGACCUUCCUCUUCACCUGGCACGCCUAUGCAGUGGGAAGCAGCGCGUUACAAUUCGCCGCCGUUCUGAACUACACCGUGCACACCAUCAUGUACUUCUACUUCGCUCUUGCAGAGGCGGGAUUGAAGGCCCUGGUGCGGCCUUUCGCUGUCUACAUCACCAUUCUCCAAAUCCUUCAGAUGGUUUUGGGGACGAUCUUGGCGCUCCUCCUGCUCACCUACAAACUGCAGGCGUACUACCAGGAUGGUACAACGAAGGGGCCCGGGUCGUGUUCGGGUACGACAUGGAGCGAUUUACGACUCCAUCUGUUCAUUGUGGUUGUGAAUCUUAUCAUGUUUAUGAACCUGUUUAUUAAGUCCUAUUUUUCUAAACCCAGAUCUAAAACAACUCCACUCAAUAAGAAUAAGUAA